UAUUUAUUUUAUUGUGCAUUUGGUAUUUUGCCUGUAUGAGGGUGUCAGAUCUUUGAAUUAUAGACAGUUGUGAGCUCCCAUGUGGGCACUGGGAAUUGAACCAGGGUCCCCUGGAAUAGCAACCAAUGCUCUUAACUGCUGAGUCAUCUUUCCAACCCUGAUGACUUCUUUAUUCUCUGUUCUCUCGUGUUCUUUCUAUGUUCUUUCUCUUUCUGUGUUCUUUCUUCUGUAUAUUUUUUCCUACAGCUUAUAUAUUCCAAGUUUUUCAGGCAAUAUAGGAAUUACAACAUGGUUCCAUUCGGUUUUUCAAGUGAAUGAGUGCAGUGAAUAGAAGACAGUAAAGACAGCGUGUCUUCCAUCUCCCUUGCGUGGUUAAGCAUUGUACUUACUACAGGUGGAAAACAAAUUAACCCAAGAUACCUCUGCCUCUUAAUGGCUAGGAUUGCAGGCUUCAUCAGUGUUUUUGCAUACAUAGUAGGUCUUUCCCUGUUGCUGUGUAAUUUUCUCUGCAGGAUUCAUUGCCUCUUGUUUACCCACUUUUUUAUGAAUGGACAUUUAAAUCCUUUCUAAAUAUCUCCAGCCUCCAUAUAAAUAUUCUUAUAGAAGUCUUUUGUGGGGCUGGAGAGUUGGCUUAGCAGUUAGCACUGGCUGUUGUCUAGAGGACCCAGAUUCUGUUCCCAGCACCCAUGUGGUAGUUCACAGCUGUCUGUAACUCUAGUUCCAGGGAAUCUGACAUCCUCACACUGAUAUACAUGCAGGCAAAACAAUAAUGCACAUGAAAUAAAUAAAUAAAUCUUUUAAAAAGGAAGUCUUUGGUAGGUAGUUUUUAUUUCUUUUGGGUAGAUUCUAGGAAUAAUUUCAGUUUCAUUUUAAAGAUCACUGUAUCUAGAGGAUUUACAAAAAAAUUAAAGGUACACACUAGCAGAUAAUGAGAAAUCAUUAAGUAUGCUCCCUCACUGUGUGUGUGUGUGUGUGUGUGUGUGUGUGUGUGUGUGUGUGUGUGUGUAGUGGGUCUUGAACAUUGAGCUACACCCUCAGUCUUCAGGAAGUGUUCUUGGCUUGAAAAGGAACAGUAGCUGUGACAAGGAGAGUGUAAUAGCUGGGAUAGGCGUGAUAUUCGGCUUGCUUUAUUUACACUUUCUCGGAUACAGGUAGAAAAUGUUGUUAGCGCAAAUAAAUCGGGAUUCUCAGGGAAUGACAGAAUUUCCUGGAGGAGGAAUGGAGGCUCAGCAUGUUACCCUAUGCCUGACAGAGGCAGUAACCGUGGCAGAUGGUGACAAUUUAGAGAAUAUGGAAGGUGUGAGUUUGCAAGCUGUAACACUUGCAGAUGGCUCUACUGCUUACAUACAGCACAACUCUAAAGAUGGGAGACUCAUUGAUGGCCAGGUCAUUCAGUUGGAAGAUGGUUCUGCUGCCUAUGUUCAACAUGUCCCUAUACCUAAAAGUACAGGGGACAGUUUGCGGCUGGAGGAUGGACAAGCCGUGCAGCUAGAAGACGGAACGACUGCGUUUAUCCACCAUACUUCUAAAGAUAGUUAUGACCAGAGCUCACUUCAGGCAGUUCAGCUGGAAGAUGGCACAACAGCUUACAUCCACCAUGCGGUGCAAGUCCCACAGUCUGAUACCAUCUUGGCAAUUCAGGCUGAUGGGACAGUGGCAGGGCUGCACACUGGGGACGCCACAAUUGAUCCAGAUACCAUUAGUGCUUUGGAGCAGUAUGCAGCAAAGGUGUCCAUUGAUGGGAGUGAAAGUGUAACAAGUACAGGACUGAUUGGAGAAAAUGAGCAAGACAAAAAGAUGCAGAUUGUCUUACAAGGACAUGCUACAAGAGUAACUCCUAAAUCUCAACAGAGUGGAGAAAAGGCAUUUCGGUGUAAAUACGAUGGAUGUGGAAAACUCUAUACAACAGCUCAUCAUCUUAAGGUCCAUGAGCGCUCGCACACAGGAGACCGGCCUUAUCAGUGUGAGCAUUCAGGCUGUGGGAAAGCAUUUGCGACAGGUUAUGGAUUAAAAAGUCAUUUCAGAACUCAUACUGGAGAAAAGCCAUAUCGGUGUUCAGAAGAUAAUUGUACAAAAUCUUUCAAAACUUCAGGAGAUCUACAGAAGCACAUCAGAACCCACACAGGAGAAAGGCCCUUUAAGUGUCCUAUUGAAGGCUGUGGUCGGUCCUUUACAACAUCAAAUAUCAGAAAAGUGCAUAUUAGGACGCACACAGGAGAACGACCAUACUACUGCACAGAACCAGGAUGUGGGAGGGCAUUUGCUAGCGCAACGAAUUAUAAAAACCAUGUGAGGAUACACACAGGAGAAAAGCCAUAUGUCUGUACAGUUCCUGGUUGUGACAAAAGGUUUACAGAAUAUUCCAGUUUGUAUAAACACCAUGUCGUUCAUACUCACUCGAAACCAUACAACUGUAACCACUGUGGGAAGACAUACAAACAGAUCUCCACGCUGGCUAUGCACAAACGGACAGCUCACAAUGACACAGAGCCCAUUGAGGAGGAGCAGGAAGCCUUCUUCGAGCCUCCCCCAGGUCAAGGUGAUGAUGUUCUUAAAGGGUCCCAGAUCACAUAUGUUACAGGUGUAGAAGGAGAGGACAUUGUAUCUACACAGGUAGCCACAGUAACCCAGUCUGGGUUGAGUCAGCAAGUUACACUUAUAUCCCAGGAUGGGACUCAACAUGUCAAUAUAUCUCAAGCUGACAUGCAGGCCAUUGGCAACACCAUCACCAUGGUAACACAGGAUGGCACACCCAUCACGGUCCCUACUCAUGAUGCAGUCAUCUCCUCAGCAGGAACACACUCUGUUGCUAUGGUCACCGCCGAGGGCACAGAAGGGCAGCAGGUUGCAAUUGUGGCUCAAGAUCUGGCAGCAUUCCAUACAGCCUCUUCAGAAAUGGGACACCAACAACAUAGCCAUCAUUUAGUAACUACAGAAACCAGACCUCUGACCUUAGUGGCAACAUCCAAUGGCACCCAGAUUGCAGUUCAGCUUGGAGAACAGCCAUCUCUGGAAGAAGCCAUCAGGAUAGCAUCUAGGAUCCAACAAGGAGAAACACCAGGGUUGGAUGAUUAAUACCAGAACCACAGAGCAAUAAAGCAGGAGGAAGGAAAGGAACCUUUCAUCUUCUGGCUACAGAACUCCCUGAGGCCCGGCCCAGCAGAGCAGAGGUUCCGAUCCUGAAGCACUGUACACGUUUUUAUGCAAGAGAGGAGAACAUUUUCUUCUUGACACUUUUGUGUACAUAGCCCCUGGAAUAAAUUCCCAAAGUGAUUCAUUGUGUACAAGGAAGUAUGAAAUGAGGGCGCCGCAGCAAUUCUUCCGUCACUCUUACCACACAGCAGACGUCUGGACCCACCCACAAGACCAUUCAGGUCUAUACAGAGUCAAGAUGAGAUUUUAACUUACUGUGAAAAAAAAUAAAGGCUGUAUCUAAUGUGCCGAAGGUUCUACAUGUCAAACAAUCAUAACUUCAAAGCCAUCACAGAAAAUAAAGGAUGCAAGCCUUCAGAUGUUCCUCCAGUAGUGUCUGGAUUUUUUGUCCACUCCACACCCAUUUUCAUUUCAAGAAUCGAAGACCUCAUUUAUAGUGUCCCACCCUGUUAAAUAACACUUUUUCAAACUAAAAUACUAAUUAUUUUGGCAUUACAUGGGUUGUGUAUAAAAUUAAAAAGUUUGGUUGUUUUAAAGUAAAA